ACUCGUCAGAUUUCAGAGUUCGGUAGUGCGGUUAUUACCAUGAACUGCGCCAGCCUGCUGCUCCUGCUCUGCGUCCUCCUCCUCGCCGCGCUCGGGCGCCCCUUCGCCGCCGCUGCACGCAGAGAACCAACAAUGGCGGCCACCGGCGACCAAGGAGAUGGUGCUCAGGCCAAGCUGGCCUGGAUGGAAGUGGCGCCCGCAGAGGGUCUAAAGGAGAGGGUGAUCACGAGGAAGGAGGAGAGUACAGACUCUAACCGUUUCAGGAGCACAAAGUUUUCUUUGGAUGCCAAGAAUCCGUUCGACGGCCGGGUGCCCUUCACCGCCGAUUACCACACCGUGCGCAGGCACCCGCCCUCGCACAACUAGGCGGAGCUGACCUCAGUGUACGUACGUACUACUACUGGCUAGCUAAGCUGGUUGGUUGCCUGGAAAUACAGUUAGCUUAUAGAGUAACAGUAACUACUAAGCUGUAUAACAUUUUCUCAUCCUCUCUGUUCUCUCUAUUCUUUGGCCCUUCUACGUAGUGCCACUAGUAUGUUACUCUCCCUUGUGGCCUUGUCAGCUAUGGAUUUGCUGACGUUUUGUUAGUACUGGCCACGUCCUAGUAACGAUAUCCUAUACUACUAUUACUGCAUUUGCUAUUUUUUCUUACAGUGUACCGCAUAAGCUGUUAAUUAACUAUACGUACCUUUUUGUA